UGUUUAUUAAUUAAUACAUGUUAAUGUCGAAAGUAGAUAUUUCGUCAUUGUAUGUUUCCAAAUAGCUAGAUUCAUUAAAAAUGUAUUCAAUUUAUUUUUAAUGGAAUAAUUAAUGGAACUUUUGUUUAAUUAGAACGUUUUCGUCUUCUUCUAGUAAGAAAACUUUGGUUUUGUUUAGUCGUGUUUCAAGACGAAUCUAUAUACUCUGUAAUCUAUAUAUAUAUAUAUAGAGGAUUUGUGCGUUAAUAGAAAAAUGUUGAAUGUGACAUCAACUACAUGAAUGCUUGUGGCUAACAUAGGAUUUUUUGGAGUACUGAUAUGUUGUUUUGCAUUGAGGCCUCCGGAGGUACUAAUCACGAUUGUGCGGCAUACAAGGUCCAUCACUGCAAUGGAUCCUAUAAUCUAUAAUGCGGUGGCACUAGGAAACCUGGAGGCCUUGGAACAUGAUAUCUCCGAUCCACUUGAUUGGUUUUUAACAGUUAAUCAAAACACAAUCCUACAUAUUUGCAUUUCAAGUAUCCUCGUUGAAGAAAAGUAUCCAGCCACUGGAGGAACUGACCAAGCCUUAGCGGCAAAAUUUGUGAAAGAUGUACUGGACAAGUGUCCGUCACUUUUAUUGAAAGCCAACGCAGAAGAUGAUACUCCGUUACAUUUGGCAGCAAGGUAUGGGCAUGCUUCCAUCGUCAAAGUCCUAAUUGAACAUAAAAAAUCCCAACAUCAAGAUCUCGAAAGUGGAGUCGUUGAAGCUAUGAAGGAGAUGAUUGGGAAGCUGAACAAAGAAAGAGAUACGGCCUUACAUGAGGCUGUACGGUACAAUCACAUUGAAGUAGUAAAACAGUUACUAAUGGGUGUAGAUCAAGAAUUUUCGUUCGGUGCUAAUGCUGUUGGUGAGACCCCACUUUACUUGGUUGCCGAGAGCUAUUUUCCGGAUUUGGUGUCAGAAAUUUUAAACAAAUUGAAGUCACCAGCUUAUGUUGGCCCCUUGGGUAGAACGGCUUUGCAUGCUGCAGUAAUACGUUACUAUGACAAAGUAAUGACCAAAAACAUUUUGCAAAGAUACGGACGCGAACUAUGUAAACAAGCAGACCAAAAUGGUUGGACUCCGCUUCACAUGGCUGCAUACAUGGGUAGCAUUGAGCCAACAAAACUAUUGCUGGAAUUUGAUAGGAGAGGUAGCAUAUAUGAAAGACGCUGAGGGUAGGACAGCUCUUCACAUUGCAGCCCAUCGCAACGAAGGAGAAGUAACAAGAGAGAUUAUAUCAAUGUGUCCUGAUUGUGGCGAAGUGGUUGACAAUAAAGGCCGCAAUGCACUCCAUCUCGCUAUGAUGACCAAGUUGUGGCCAGAUGUAGUGCUAAUCAUCCAAGAUAAUUCAUCUCUCCGGAAUCUUUUGAAUUAGAAGGACAACGACGGGAAUUCACCUCUCCAUUACUAUUGCAUUAAUUCUGUUGGUUACAACGAGCGUCUCCCGAAAUCUCCAAGAGUUGAGAAAAUGGUCUUCAACAAAAAGAACCAGAAAGCUCUUCAAAUCUUACGAAGUAAAAUCUCCCAACUUGAUUUUGAUGAACAUCAGAUUUUGAUGCAGAUGAGGAAGAGACGGCUCCGCCUGAGGAGACGGCUCCGCCUGAGGAGUAAUCUGGGAUCACUCGCUUGGUUAUCUGAAUUUUCUGUAUUGUAUUUUAAUUAUGGAUGAUUGUAUAACUACUAUUUAAACUUUACUGAUGUUUCGAUUGUAA